UGAUGAUCAUUAAACAAAAAAAAAAUCAAUUAUUGAACAAAGAAUCUCAAUUAAAAAAAAAAAAUCUAGUAGGAGUUAGUGGGAAGCCUCCAUCUAAUCUAUAUGAUUAUACAUAUAGACAUUAAGAGAGCAAAGAAAAACUCUUAUCAAUCAGUGGGGAAAUGGCAUCUUGGAACCAUCUCUUGAAAUGUUUUAUUCUUCUAGCUUUGGUCAUGAUCGUGCAGGCUCAAACCAACCGGAGACUUCUCGACACUCCGGCAGAUAACAAGACACCAUCAUCCUCUUAUUUCAACUCUCCAUCUAUGGAUUCUCGCCAACCUUCUCUUCCUUCUUCUCAUCGGUCACUUGGUGCUCAAUAUUACGAGAGAUCACCGCCUCCACCACCACCAAUGUAAAACUACAAAAGACGAGUCCGAAACCAACGGUGUCUAACUAAAAAUACUCGCAUGUUGGUGUCAUGUAUGUUUUGGAAAUUAAGAUUACUUGUUUUCACGUUGGUUUUAUAUUUUCAAGAUAUGUCCGUCCAGUUCUUUAAGGUUUUUUUUUUUUUGACUAAAGUUCUUUAAGGUUUUAUUUGGUUUUUAUCUCUUUUUCUUUUAUAUGAGAGUUCUAAGGUGAUAUGUGUGUUAUCUCUGUUUAUCAUCUCUUGUACCACCUUCAAUCUUGGUGAUGAUAAAGAUAAA